AUGUCGCUGAGUAAAGAGAAUUCCAACUACGCCUCAGGCGAUACCAAAGAAGCUGCUAACUCCGAUUUGUCAGAAUCUGACAGAUCAGCGCCAUCAAGAGAUCCAAACGCAUCAUUUCAAGCAUACAGAUUAACCAUCGAUGAAGUUGCCCAAGAAUUCGAUACCUCAAUUGUUGAUGGUUUAGGAACACACGAAGCUGAAAAUCGAAUACAAUCAUAUGGACCAAACAACUUGGGUGACGACGACAAAAUAUCCUACACCAAAAUUCUUGCUCAUCAAGUUUUCAAUGCCAUGAUUUUGGUAUUAAUCAUCAGUAUGAUCAUUGCCCUUGCUAUUAAAGAUUGGAUAUCUGGUGGUGUUAUUGCAUUUGUGGUGUUUCUUAACAUAUCAGUGGGGUUCGUUCAAGAAGUCAAAGCUGAAAAAACCAUGGGUUCAUUGAAGAAUUUGAGUUCCCCAACUGCGAGAGUUACUAGAAAUGGUGACGAUUUUACUAUUCCAGCAGAAGAGGUUGUCCCUGGUGACAUUGUCCACAUCAAAGUUGGUGAUACUGUGCCUGCUGAUCUUAGAUUAGUUGACUGUAUGAAUUUAGAGACCGACGAGGCAUUAUUGACUGGAGAAUCAUUACCGGUUGCCAAAAAUUUUGAAGUUGUCUAUAGUGAUUAUUCUGUGCCAGUGCCAGUCGGUGAUCGAUUGAAUUUGGUCUACUCGUCUUCAAUUGUUUCCAAAGGAAGAGGUUCCGGUAUUGUUUUUGCAACUGGAUUGAACACAGAAAUAGGUGCCAUUGCUCAAUCCUUGAAAGGAAACUCUGGCUUGAUUAGAAAAGUCGAUAAGUCAAACGACAGAAAACCACAAAAGAGAGAAUAUGGUCAAGCUGCCGCUGGUACUAUUUAUGAUGUUGUUGGUAACAUCUUGGGUGUCACUGUCGGUACCCCAUUGCAAAGAAAGUUAUCUUGGUUAGCCAUCUUUUUAUUCUGCGUUGCAGUAGUUUUCGCCAUUAUUGUCAUGGGAUCUCAAAAGUUCCACGUUAAUAAGGAGGUAGCCAUAUAUGCCAUCUGUGUUGCACUUUCAAUGAUACCCUCUGCACUUAUUCUUGUUUUGACAAUUACAAUGGCGGUUGGGGCACAAGUCAUGGUAACGAAAAACGUCAUUGUUAGAAAAUUUGAUUCCUUGGAAGCGUUGGGUGGUAUUAAUGACAUUUGCUCUGAUAAAACCGGUACUUUGACGCAAGGAAAAAUGAUUGCCAAAAAAGUUUGGUUACCAAAUGUUGGUACGUUAGACGUGCAAAAUUCCAAUGAACCAUAUAAUCCUACUGCUGGAGAUGUUAGAUUUGCCCCUUAUUCACCUAAAUUCGUUAAAGAAACUGACGAAGAAAUUGAUUUCAAUAAACCGUAUCCUGAUCCAAUGCCUGAAUCUAUGCACCAGUGGUUAAUGACUGCCACUUUGGCAAAUAUUGCUACUGUCAACCAAACAAAAGAUGAAGAUACUGGAGAAUUACUUUGGAAAGCUCAUGGAGACGCUACAGAAAUCGCCAUUCAAGUCUUUACUACGAGAUUAAAUUAUGGUCGUGAAUCAGCUGCCCAAGAGUAUGAACAUUUGGCUGAAUUCCCAUUUGACUCUUCAAUCAAGAGAAUGUCCGCAAUCUAUAAAAACGGUGACGAGACUAGAGUUUACACCAAAGGUGCUGUCGAGAGACUUUUGGGGUUGUGUGAUUACUGGUACGGUGAAAGGACCGAAGGCAAUUAUGAUUCACAAACUUUGAUCAAAUUAACCCCAGAUGACGUUAAGUUAAUUGAAGAAAAUGUGGCUGCAUUAUCAUCACAAGGUUUAAGAGUAUUAGCAUUUGCAACCAAAGAGCCUGGUGACGCUGAUAUGAACGAUCGUGAACAAGUUGAAUCACAUUUGAUUUUCCAAGGUUUAAUUGGUAUUUAUGACCCACCAAGAGAAGAAUCUGCUCAAUCGGUGAAAUUGUGUCACAGAGCCGGUAUCAAUGUUCACAUGCUUACUGGUGAUCACCCAGGUACAGCAAAGGCUAUUGCUCAAGAAGUUGGUAUCUUGCCACACAAUUUGUACCAUUAUAGCGAAGAUGUCGUUAAAGUUAUGGUUAUGAGUGCCAAUGAUUUUGAUGCUUUAAGUGACGACGAAAUUGACAAUUUACCCGUUUUGCCAUUGGUCAUUGCCCGAUGUGCGCCAAAGACUAAAGUUCGUAUGAUUGAUGCUUUGCAUAGAAGAAAGAAGUUUGCUGCUAUGACUGGUGAUGGCGUUAAUGAUUCUCCAUCUUUGAAAAAAGCCGAUGUUGGUAUUGCUAUGGGAUUGAAUGGGUCAGAUGUUGCUAAAGAUGCUUCUGACAUUGUUUUGACUGAUGAUAAUUUCGCUUCCAUUUUGAAUGCCAUUGAAGAAGGUAGAAGAAUGUCGGCCAACAUCCAAAAAUUCGUGUUACAAUUAUUGGCAGAAAAUGUUGCUCAAGCAUUCUAUUUGAUGAUUGGUUUAGCAUUUUUGGACGAAACUGGAUAUUCUGUUUUCCCAUUGAGUCCAGUUGAAGUACUUUGGAUUUUAGUGGUUACGAGUACGUUCCCAGCUAUUGGUCUUGCUCAAAAUGCUGCUUCUGACGAUAUUUUAGAAAAGCCACCAAACAAUACUAUUUUCACUUGGGAAGUUAUCAUUGAUAUGUUUGGAUACGGUGUGAUUAUGGCUGCAACCUGUUUAUUGAGUUUUGUUAUUGUUGUAUAUGGUGCUGGAAAUGGAGACUUGGGUGUUGAUUGUAAUGCAACUAAUGCUGACAAAGAUCUUUGUUCCUUGGUAUUUGAAGGUAGAUCCACCGCAUUUGCCUCAAUGACAUGGCAGGCACUUAUUUUGGCAUGGGAAUGUCUUGAUCCAAAGAAAUCUCUUUUGCUUAUUCCUUUCAGUGAACUUUGGGCCAACCAGUUUUUGUUCUGGUCUAUUGUUGGUGGAUUUGUGACAGUUUUCCCAGUCAUUUAUAUCCCAGUUAUCAACACUAAGGUGUUUUUGCAUAAAUCAAUCACCUGGGAAUGGGGUGUAGCUGUUGGUACCACUGCAUUGUUCUUAUUGGGAGCAGAAGCAUGGAAAUGGGGGAAGCGUGUGUUUGCCCGUAGCUCCAAAGCCAAAAACCCAGAAUAUGAAUUGGAAAGAAACGACCCAUUCCAAAGAUAUGCAUCAUUUUCGAGAGCCAACACUAUGGUUGUAUAA